AUGAAAACCGAAAAUAAUACAAAACGCACUUGUGGUUUAUGUAGUAGGUGGAAAAAAAGAAAAUACAUAAAUACAUGUAAAUUAUGUAAAGGUGUGAAAUGCAUUUAUAGUGAGCAAAAAAAAAAGAGGGAACGUAAACCUAAAAACAUUACUGAUAAUAACAGUUCAGAAAUUGGAUUAUCUCAAGUAAUUCCUGCGAAUGAUCACAAUGAUUUAUCUCAAACAAUUCCUACUUGGUUUAAAGGGUUAGGAUUAAAAGCUUUAAUUCCAUGUUUCGAAGAUAUAAAUUUGGAAAAAUAUUAUUGA